CAGGAACGGUCAAACAUGGCGUCUGCGGCGGUGCUGUUCCUCUUCACGGCCGGUUCUGUGCUCGGACCCGCCGCUGCAGAGAGGAGACUGGAGUAUGUGACUGUGCUGUUUCGUCACGGCGACAGGUCCCCGAUCAAGACCUACCCCACCAACCCCAACACGGAGAGCAGCUGGCCGCAGGGCCUUGGGCAGCUGUCACAGGAGGGGAUGAGGCAGCACUUCCAGCUGGGCCAGUUCCUGAGGACCCGGUACCAGAACUUCCUCAACGAGUCCUACGAUCGACACGAGAUCCACGUCCGCAGCACCGACUACGACCGGACCCUGAUGAGUGCAGCGUCCACCCUGGCAGGCCUCUACCCCCCCAGCGGCCGGCAGGUGUUCAUGCCCGGCCUGAAGUGGCAGCCGGUACCGAUCCACACGGUGUCGCGGCGGGAGGAGAAGCUCCUCUUGUAUCCUAUGAAACACUGCCCCCUCUACUCGCAGCUGAUGAAUGAAACCAGGAGCUCGGAGGAGUACGUUAAUGUCACAGAAAACUAUGAAGAUCUCUUCAAGCUGCUGAGGAAUAAAACCCGGUCGGACACCAGCGACCUGCUCAUGAUGUCGUACCUGUACGACACGCUCUACUGUGAGUCCCUUCACAACCUGCCAGCUCCCGACUGGGUGACUCCUGCAAUUAUAGAGGACCUCAAGUUCAUCAAGGAUUAUGUAUUUCAGAGCUUGUUUGGGGGCUACAAGCGGCUGGAGAAGAGCCGUCUGCAGGGAGGUGUCCUGCUUGGUGAAAUAGUGAAGAAUCUUUCCAAGAUGGCCGUUCCAAGCCCCAAACGACGGUUUAAGAUGAUGAUGCUCUCCUCACACGACACGGCAGUAGCUGCUCUUCAGUCCAGCCUGGAUGUCUACAACGGAUUAACGCCACCUUACGCCGCCUGUCAGAUGAUUGAACUGCACACAGAUGACGAUGGGUCCGCCUGGGUGUCCAUGUUUUACCGGAACGACAGCUCCGUACCUCCGUACCAGCUGCAGCUGCCAGGCUGCUCCCUUGACUGCCCCCUGGAGGACUUUGUGAGGAUUACAAAGCCCUCUAUCUCAGAAGACAGAGACAAAGAGUGCCGGCUCCCCUCAGGGGUUGAGGAUGAAGAUCUCACGAAUCCUCAGUUGUCUCCUCAUCACCGUCUUCACCCUCAUCAACCUACCCCUGUGACGCGUUUGAGACGAGCACCCAACCAGCAACAAGGAAUGCCAACCAGGAAGCUGGAGGCAGGACAGAAGGCCUGA